GCGCACAGGGCGCCGGGGCGCGGAAUGCAGCCUCCCCCUCCUGCGGCCGGCUCCCCGGAGGGCUCGCGGUUGCAGCCCAGGCGCUGAGGGAACAGCUUCAAAACAUCUUAGACUAAGAAACUUUCAACUGUGCUGAAAAUCAUAGAAGAUGGACAAUUUUUCCUUCCCUCUCAUUGGAAAGGAUUUAAAGAAGAAAUAAAACGGCAGAGGUCUCAAGUUCAUAUUCAGAAUGAAUGAUUAUAGUUCAGAAGACAAGCCAGAAGAGGAACUGCAGUCCUUAUUUAUCAGUGAUAAAAAUGGAAACACUUAUGCAUACCACCAAAAAUCACCACCUACACAAAACUGUUCAGCCAACAGUUGGAAUUCUGUCAACCCAGAUGACAUGGUGCUUGAUUAUGAAACCAACUCUGCUGUGGACGUUGCUGAAAAUAUUUCCUUAAACCCUCGCUGUGUUGAAGUACUUGAUCACCAGACGUCUUCGAGUGAUUUCCUUGGCAAGGAGGUAUUACAUAUGCAUAGAGAUUCCACGUGCCAGUCUCCUGCACAUGCUGUUGCCACAGAGGAGCCCCGGUACCUGCAUAACAGUUGUCAUUCCCUAGAAUCAUCUCUGGACCAGAGUGUUGAGACAUCUCUGCCUUUUGUGUGGAAACCUAAUGAUGAGGUUUUCAACUGUACUGACUACCCGCCUGCCUUGAAACUCAACCAGACCUUUGACAUGAACGUGGGCAACGCUGACUGCACCUUUAUAAAACACCACGACGUGGGAAAGGGCCAGUCUUUGCACACCUCUGGAAGCGGAAAUGCAUCUCUGUCCUGUUCCAUUCGCACAUCUUCCCGUUCCGAUCAGGUAUGUGGGACGGAAAUGAGUUAUGAUCGAGAGGUCUUCAAAAUCCCUUCAGCCACAACACCAGCGGCCCAAGAUACAACAUACACAGUAUUUUCUGAGGUGGUGAUGCAAACUGAUGUUUUUGUUCCAGAUAUUGGAAAUGUGUGUCCAUAUUCUUCAGGAAAUGUCACCGGUGAGUACACAGAUGGGUCACAGCAAAGACUAGUUGGAGAAAAAGAGGUACACGCUCUUACACCGAUCUCUGAUGGCAUGGAUGUUCCCAACGGGUCUGUAACAGAGGAGUUCUUUUGUUUGUCUAAAGAUGAACCAAAUAGUGAGACACAUUCAGAGAGCUCAUAUGGGCAAAAGGAAAUGGGCCAAAAUCUAAGAGAAACAGUGUCUGAUUGUCUUAUAGCUGACGAAUGCCCUUUCCUGGCGCCAGCGUUUGAUAAAAGGACAGCUGCAGUGCUGAACCCAGAACGUAAAGUCACUGAGGCUGAAAACACAAGUGCCUCCAGGGAAAAGGAUUUGGAAAUCCAAAAUCACACCAUAGAACUGGUACCAGGUAGCCCACCAGGACAAAAGCUGGCUUCAUCAUUUGAACUGACUUGGGAUGACAACGAUAUGGUCAUUAGUGCAAAUGACACAAUUUGCAUGUCUACGCCAAUCCCAAAACCCAUGAAUGCAACCUUCUUUAUUUCACCAGUUGAAGCAACAGAGAAAUGCAGUAAACUGGAGAAGAGUCAUCGAGAGCAUGCUAAACCUAAUCUAGGGAAACCAACAACCAAAGCAAACACCCCGAUAGGCAGCAAAGUUAGAAAAAACAAAAUCAUAAGUUACCCAAGACCAAACUUCAAGAAUGUGAAAGCAAAAGUGAUGUCUAGACCAGCAUUGCAGUCCAACGACCCUGCUUUGUCAAAGGUCACGCCCAGAUCCCAGUUGACCAGUGCCUCGUCACCCUCGUCAACAUCUUCCUCAAGGCAGGUGACAGUUUUGAGCAAAACACGAAGAUCCGACCUGAAUGUAGACCCACAAGCAGAAAUCCCAAUGAACAAGGCACAGAAGCAGCAGUCGAAUAAACUCAUCACCAGCCAGGCUGAGCAUGUCGCAACUCAUUCUAAAAAUGCUUCCCACAAGGUUUCAAGAACAACAUCUGCCUUGAAAUCGAAUCAGGAAGAUGUUGACAAAGCAGGUUCUUCUAAUUCAGCAUGUGAGCCUGGCUCCGUGGCUUCAUUUUUUCAGAAGUGCAAAGGCCUGUUCUCUGCUAAAAUGGACAGCGCGGAAUGUUUGGAAAUGACCUGUGUUUCCAACGUCCAUAGGAUUAGCCCUGAAAAGAGGGGUGAACAAGAAAACAGGACACCUCUGGAAAAACAAGAGCUAAAAAAUGAAAUUAUGAAUGAGACCUUUGAAUACGGGUCUGUGUUUUUGGGUUCUGCUUCAAAAACGGCACCCCCCCAAGGUAGACAUGCACCCAAGCCCGACUCUGCGGGUUUGCAGGUAACACCUGGUCCGAAAGCUUCCUGCCCGCGGUGCGGCAGCGGCAGGGCGCUCGGCUCCGAUCGCACCUUGUCCUUCCAGCGGAUCAAGCGCGUGUCCAGCUCUGGAAAACCUACAUCUUUGAAAACCGCACAGCCAUCUUGGGUGAAUUUGCCUAGACCACUUCCUAAAUCCAACGCGGCCCUGAAAAGUUCUGCAGUCCGGAGAACAGGAAGCCCCUCUCCGUCCGCCGGCACCCUCGCUGAUCUGAACACUCACAGCAGCAACUUUGAACACAGCAGACAGAAGACUCCCAGAAGUUCAUGUAUCCAAACGCAGACGUCGCCAGACGCGCUCUCCUCUGAGGAAGCGCUCGAGUUGGCUCAGUGUAAAACGAAAUGUGAAAACCAGAGCAGAUUUGUCCUGCGCCUCAAGCAGCUGGUCUCCUGCGGCAACACCAGGUUUGAGGCGCUCACCGUGGUGGUUCAGCACCUGCUGUCCGAGCGGGAGGAAGCACUGAAACAACACAAGACCCUAUCUCAAGAACUGGUCACCCUCCGGGGAGAGCUAGUCACUGCUUCAUCCACCUGUGAGAAAUUAGAAAAGGCCAGGAACGAGUUGCAAGUAGCGUAUGAAGGAUUUGUCCAGAAGCUGAACCAGCAGCACCAGACUGAUCUGACCGAGCUAGAGAACCGGCUGAAAGAGUUCUACACCGAGGAGUGUGGGAAGCUGCAGAGCAUUUACAUCGAAGAAGCGGAGAAGUAUAAAACGCAGUUGCAAGAGCAGUUUGACAACUUAAAUGCUGCCCAUGAAACCUCAAAGUUGGAAAUUGAAGCUAACCACUCAGAAGAAGUAGAAUUACUAAAGAAGGCCUACGAAACCUCCCUUUCAGAAAUCAAGGAAAGCCAUGAAUUAGAAAAGAAAUCACUUGAGGAUUUGCUUUCUGAGAAGCAGGAAUCCCUAGAGAAACAAAUCAAUGAUCUGAAGAGUGAAAAUGAGGCUUUAAAUGAAAAGCUGAAAUCAGAAGAACAAAAACGAAUCUCAAGAGAGAAAGCAAAUUUAAAAAACCCUCAGAUCAUGUAUCUGGAGCAGGAGUUAGACAGCCUGAAGGCCGUGCUGGAGAUCAAGAAUGAGAAGCUGCAUGAGCAGGACGUCAAGUUGAUGAAAAUGGAGAAACUGGUGGACAACAACGCAGCGCUGGUGGACAAGCUGAAGCGAUGUCAGCAGGAGAACGAGGAAUUGAAAGCUCGGAUAGACAAGCACAUUGCGAUUUCAAGGCAACUUACCACGGAGCAGGCCACCCUGCAGGAGUGGUUGGAGAAGGAGUCGAAAGUCAACAAGCGACUGUCCAUGGAGAACGAGGAGCUGCUGUGGAAGCUGCACAAUGGGGACUUGUGCAGCUCCGACAGGUCCCCCACGUCCCCCGCCAUCCCCUUCCCGUCGCCAAGGAACUCGGGCUCCUUCCCCAGCCCCAGCGUGUCGCCCAGAUGAUGCUCCGGAAAGCGGGAGACUGAGCACUGUUACCGGUCUGCGGGCCGACCCUAGCCGUGGU